UUUUUUUUUUUUUUUUUUUCCUUUUCUAAAACCCGGAGCCCAGGCCGGCGCGGCCGCUUUCGGGGCCCCGCCCCGCGCCCCUUCCUUUUGGUUGGGGAUGGAGGGGAGGAGGUAGGGAGGCCAGGGCGCAGGCGGGAGCAGGCGAGGGAAUCCCUCUCCCUCCACGUCACCCGAAGGCGAGGAAACCCGCAUUCGCGUCCUCUAACGCAAAUGACCAUCUUUGGCAACGUGCGCCAAUGGAACAGACCAAGGGCGCUGCGCCCCAGGGGGGGUGGAGGAGUUCGGCGAGAACGCGGGCGGCCUCGGCGCCCCCGUAGUGCGAGGGCCGCGCUCUCCCACCCUCCCCGCCUCCCGCCUUCCUCGCGCGGGGUCUGUGGCUGGCGUCAGCGCGACCGCGAGCGAGGCCGGGAGGGGAGCGCCCCGCCCGCCUUCUCCCCUCCCCUCCCGCGCCUCUUCCUCCUCCUCCUUGUCCCAGGCCUCCUCCCCCGCCGCCUCGAGCGCUCCUCCCAGCAAGGUGGAGUCUAAGGUUGACGUGAGUGGAUCCACAUGGUGCGGGGCUGGAGAAUAAAGAGUGUGGAGUUGAACUCGUGCCAUUGUAGUGACUCAUCUCGGGCAGAGCGCAGGGGCUCGAAGCGAGACAGUGAGCGGCGCUCGGCAGGGACAGAGAGAGAGAAAGAGAGCGAGCGCAAGAAAGAGGGGGAGAGAGGGGAGGGCGAAGCGAGGCGAGAAGCGCGAGGCUUGGCAGGUCCUGGAGCCAGCACGGGGUGCAGGUCACUGCGACGCGGAGCCACGUCCCUCUCAGCACCGCUCAGCCUAGAAUCCCACGGGCGCUGUCCCACCGGCGCGAUCGGGGCCGCUGGACCGGCGCUCACCGCCUUGUCCUAAGUCAAGUGUCCGAGUCGCCGGGAAACUCAGGCGGCGAGUUGGCCACAGGAAGUUUAUUCUCGGGCUCCUUUUCUAAAAGGAGGAAACAGAAGUUUCUCCCAACCGGCAGCUUUUCUUUUUCGCCUUUUUGGCGCCCUGAGAGAUCGGGGAGGGAGUCCCCCAGAGCUGCCAAGCGACACCCGCGGGGCUCCUAGUCUUUUUGCGUUGCCCAUUUUUCUCCAGCCCGUGGGUCCCGGCAGAGCUCCGGCUGCGCGCGGGGGCGGAAGGGCGCGCGCAGGGGAGGGACCGAGGGACGCGCCGACUUUUUAGAGGGAGGGACUCGGUGGACAACCGGUUCCGCGGAGCUUGCAGAGCAGAAACGAAGUGCGGUGCGCGGCGAUCGGGGGGGUCACUUCCCGAGUGUCGCUGCCUCCUGUCUGCCUUGGUUAGGGGACAUCCCGGGAGCGAAAAGCCCAGCCCGUGGCCGGGCCGGUGGACCAGCGAGCGCGCAGCAGACUGUGCGCGGCCGCGGCGAGGGCGGGGAAGAAAACCACCCUGUUUCCUCUCCGGCCCCCACCGCGGAUCAUGUACCAGGAUUAUCCCGGGAACUUUGACACCUCGUCCCGGGGCAGCAGCGGCUCUCCUGCGCACGCCGAGUCCUACUCCAGCGGUGGCGGCGGCCAGCAGAAGUUCCGGGUAGAUAUGCCUGGCUCGGGCAGUGCCUUCAUCCCCACAAUCAACGCCAUCACCACCAGCCAGGACCUGCAGUGGAUGGUACAGCCCACAGUGAUCACCUCCAUGUCCAAUCCCUAUCCACGCUCACAUCCCUACAGUCCCCUGCCAGGCCUGGCUUCAGUCCCUGGGCACAUGGCUCUCCCCAGACCUGGAGUGAUCAAGACCAUCGGUACCACCGUGGGCCGCAGAAGGAGAGAUGAGCAGGAGACCGAGGAGCUGGAAGAGGAGAAGUCUGGGCUGCAGAAAGAGAUUGCUGAGCUGCAGAAGGAGAAGGAGAAGCUAGAGUUCAUGUUGGUGGCUCACGGCCCCGUGUGCAAAAUCAGCCCCGAGGAACGCCGAUCGCCCCCCACCUCCGGGCUGCAGUCCUUGCGCGGUACGGGCAGUGCCGUUGGCCCCGUGGUGGUGAAGCAGGAGCCUCCCGAAGAGGACAGCCCCUCUUCCUCAGCAGGGAUGGACAAGACCCAGCGCUCUGUCAUCAAGCCCAUCAGCAUCGCCGGGGGUGGUUUCUACGGGGAAGAGCCUCUGCACACCCCCAUCGUGGUGACCUCCACGCCUGCCAUCACUCCCGGCACUUCAAACCUUGUCUUCACCUACCCCAAUGUCCUGGAGCAGGAGUCGCCUUCGUCGCCCUCAGAGUCCUGCUCCAAGGCUCACCGCAGAAGCAGUAGCAGUGGGGACCAGUCAUCAGACUCCUUGAACUCCCCCACACUUCUAGCCCUGUAACCCUGUGCUCCUCUGGCCAGCUCUGGAGGAAUCCUCAUCCAUCAUUACCACACCCUUCCCAGGGACCAGCACCUUUAAGCACUCCAGGGCCUUGAGGGAAUAAGGGGCCCCUGGCUCUGGGGACCCACCCGGUGGGACUUAGUGGUGAGACACUGGUUGAUCUCUUAGAAGCCCUGGGACACGCCCUCCCUCAUUCAUCUUGCAAGCGAAGCGAAUCCUUUUUCUUGAGAAGCCUCAGAGAACUUGGUUUGUGGACUCAGACGCGCCUGCGGCUACCCCCACCUCACCCCACCCCCCCCUCUUCUGAAGCCCCGCCCCCUGGAGCUGGCCCGGAUGGUUUCUGUCCCUUUGUUAUCCGUUGUCUCUGAAGUGGACAGUAUCCUUUCCUGCCCCGCCAAGCAUGCUCAGUGCCUUUUGGUUUCCCCUCCUUCCCCUAGAUUCAGUUUUGCUCCCUCUGGGUUUUUAUAAGAUUUGCCAUGACAUUUCAUCUGGGUGGUCCAGAUAGUAAAGCGCUUUUAUUUCUGGAGCUGGGGAAGCAGAUGACUCUUCCACUGGGGCGGAAGGGGCACCCACUGUGUCCCGAAGGGGCAGUCAAAGUGCAAUAUUAUUGAAACUUCCCUCCCUACACACCCAGUGCGCUGUGGUUACAGACCGUGGGCUCCCUGAGUUCUGCCGGUGAGCUGCCGUCACUGGGAUGCGCCAAGGACCUUUCCUCCCCGGUCUCAGAGAUGCACAUCUCUUUGAGGAUCGGCUUGGCUGGAAGACAGGGUGUGAGUGCGACAACAGGGGCACAGGUUGGGUUUGCCAAACGUCUAAUUACCAAGCCAGGAUUUGUGCCAACAAAGCCACAUGGCUGUCCUAGUGAGCUUCCUUUCUUACCUGUCUUGAGCUGGGCGUCUCUUUAAUUACUGCCUCUGCCCCGGACCCUUCUCUCUAGACUUGGGAAGCACUCCUUCCUAGAAGCCACACAUCACUCCAAGGCUCAGCUGGGCGCUGCUCAUCCCCAACUCUCAUAGUGACAUCACCUGUGGAUAUUUAAUGAGUGUGGGAUGCGGGGUCUGCGGUAGAGAUGGUUUCUGGCAGCCGCAGCAGCCCCAGGUACCUAGCCUCCCCUGGCUGCUCUCCUGUCAGUGAGAUGCAGGAGCCGCCCUCUGCUCUCAGUGGUCUCUGCUACUGAUGAAUCCAGUGGGUUUCCUUUCAUAUUCUCCUGGCCAACUCCAGAGUGGCCUCCUAACCCAGCAGGCCCACCCCUCUGGGAGUCGUUGGUCUCCACCAGUUUUGUUAGGCUUUGAGUGUCUAUUCGGUUCCUAUCAAAGCUAGUGUGUAUUCCUUUCCACUACAGAAGAACCAUCACUCUCAUGGGUGUCCCAGCCUCCAGCAAGGGCACAGCUCUGUCCCCUGCCUUUCUCUCCCUUUGUCCCCACUGCAUGUUGACACAAGUAUGGAAGUGGAGCCUGGUUAGAACUUGUUUCUAGUGCUAAUGCUCUGACCUAGUAUUUCCAUUGGAGAUCACUGUCCAGCCAUCUAAAGCCCUGUUAUUCGAGUCAAGCUUAUCCCCAUUUUUGAGAGAGAAGGGGUACCUUCACAGACCGAUGCCCUUCUUACCCCAAGUUCCCAUAAACACUUGCAUGCAGAAGCACACAGGACACAGGGACCAUGUGGGAAGCAUGCUCAGCCUAGCAGAGCUGAAAGGAGCAGGCUUGGCUUGGUAGAGAGGGGGGCAGAAAGGAGAUAAUCUCAAUGUGUUCUUUCCUGUAUGCCUUGGCUCUAACUCUGCUGCUCUGGUCUCCCAGAGCCUCUAGGGGCAGGGGAGUGCUCCACAAGGUGGUUUGCUGGCUUCAGAGCCCUAGAAGCACAAGACAGUGGAGCCAGCGGAGCCGGGACUAGAGGAGUUGGGCAGUCUCAGUUGAGAAGCUUUAUCGCCUCAAGCCAAGUGGGAGCUCUCUCCCUCAUGCCUGUGGGUAUUUCUGAAAUGAAGCUGCGCCCUGUUCUGUCCUUUCCCAAAGCCCCCUUCUGCCCAUAGCAUGGAUCCAACCCAGGUCACAGGCCUGGGACUUGGUACCCUGGUUGGACACUCCUGAGACUCCAAGUCUGGCUUUCAGUUCAGUUUUCAUCUGUGUUGACAUCGGGGCCAGAAAGCACAGCCAGCUAAAUGGGCCUCUGAGGUCACCUUCCCUUCCGGCCUGCUUGCUUUGUCUUACAAGACUUCUUGGCUUUUCCAAAGACAGAGAUUUCUGGGGGGAAGCCGAAUAUUUCUACCUAAACUCUGGGUGUGACCUCAGCUCGCUUUCCUCUGAUCCACUGUCCAAGUUGGGUCACAAACAUGUCACUCAUGCAUGCCUGCACUCCAGAGUCAGGUGCCAAGCUUGCUUGUCCUUCCCUGCCUCCAGGUCAGGGAGCAGCUGCAGUGAGGGUGGGGAGGUGAGGGCUUUGUACACGUGUGUCCUCUGCUGUCAUGAACUUGGGCUGGACUGUGAGCAGCUCUGGGUUAAUACAGGGCAGGCAAUCCUUAAACAGCUAGCAUGAAACAGUUUUGUCGUGGCCACCAGGCUUCUGUGGGAACAGUCCUUCUCUGGCUGGCUAGCUAGGCACAGCUACGGCACUGGAAAGAGUAGAGCCCAGGUGAAGCUUAGGAAAUUGGGAGCUAACACCAAGCAACUGGUUCCGUGGGGGAAGGUUUUAGGGAGCUCAGACUGCUGCUUUCAUAGGCAAAGUGUGCCCAUGGGGGCCAGUCAUGGGAACAUGUCAAAGCCAACAGGAAGCAGAACCUGUAGCUUUCUCUGGCAUUAGGGAGAGAGAACCCUGCUUGCUUCCACUUAACUCCUGGUGGAAGAGGGGCAGGCACGUUCGAAGCUUCUGGAUUCAUUUUUCCUCCACUUUCCUGAGAGACCAAAAGUGUUCCUUGAGAUGUCACCAUUUGUCUUUCACAGUGACUUCCUUCCCUGAGCAAACAUUCAUGUGGCUUCGCUGGGGAGGAAAAAAAUAAGCACCUACUGUGUGCCAGGCACUAUGAGGCACUUUUCUAUUUAUCCUCUUUUAAGAUAGGACUAAGAGUUCAUCUCCUUCUAGAAGGCCCCCAGGUUAAAUAAAAACACUUGGGGGUAAGAGGGCUUUCUUCAGAGACUCCCAGGUGGGAGUGCCUCUAGUCUGGUGGUCCUCAAAGACUCAUCCACAGCAGCAUCUGCCCAUCCCAGGCUCCUCUCUCCUCAGACUCCUCCUAUCUGGCUUGUGCUCCUCAGGUGGCUGAAGGGGCCACCUUAGUUCUCAUAGAAAUUGUGGACCAAUAGGAUAUGUGCUGUGUAUAACUUUCUUUUUAAACUGUAAGUAAAGGGUCUUGCAGCUUUGUGCUUGUGUUAUCUUAGCAUUUAUCUUCAAACCAGCAUCUCACUAUUUAUUGACAGUGGUGUGUGUGUGUGUGUGUGUGUGUUUCUGCGUGUGCACAUAUGUGUGCACACAUGUGCGUGUGUGUGUUCAUGUGUGUGCAUGCUUGUGUCUUUCCACAGCUUUUUUUUUUUUUUUAAGGAUCAUCCUACUGCUAAGUCCGUGUCUCUUCUUGCUUCUAGUGUUUUGGCCACGCCUCACCAAAUGUCUGUAAUGACCCAGUACUCACAACAUGUUCAGGAGGAGCUGGGUCAGAUUUUGACAGAGGGUAUGGGAAGGGAAAGGGGAGAAGAAAUUGACAUUUAUUUUAUUAUUUAUUUUAAAUGUUUACAUUUCUUUGUGUUGUUCCAAGCCUGAAUAGAAACAGAUAGCAUUAAAGUACUUCCUUCCCACUCCUUUCUCUGGCUCUCUCUCCCCCACUUGUUCUGACUUAGGAUAAUGAUCUCUAUUUUGUUUGUUUCUCAAGUGACUUGUGGACUUGUGCUGUAUAAACUGUAUUAAAAAGGCUCUGUUUUUAAAGAUCAAUUGUCAUUCCUGUGGGGACAGUGGCUACUGAGAAAUCUACAUUGUAAGAGAAGACAAUGAAAGACCCUGGCCCUGUCUCUCAAAACUUAACUUUCUCUGUAUGAUUUUUUUUUUAAAAAAAUAUUCCAUUUAUUUUACUUUGUGGUUACUUGAUUUUGAGGAAGAAAAUAUUCAGCUUUGUAUAAAGACUAGGUAUCAGAUUCCUUUUGCAGUGGGAGGUGUAUAUAUCGUAUUUUGGUAUAGAGUAGGACCCAAGCUUCAUGCAUCUGUAUUUGGUAUAUGUCAAUGACGUGGAGUGAAAUUUGCUAUUAGAUCCUGGAGGCAAAUGGGUUGUACAAGGUUUUAUGGCUCCGCGGGGAAUUUAAUUUCCUUUCUGGGCACCUUUUGUCCCCUACUUUUAAAUUAACGGUGAAACGGCCCUAGGAGGGUCGCUCUAGUUGAACUCUCCAGGCAGGACCUUAUGCUCAGAAAUCUUUGUAUAGUUUUAAAUUUUUGAGGAGUAUCUCUGCUCGGAAGCAUCUGUGGUGGUGUGAUGUGUUGUUCUGUGUACUGUAUGUGACACAAGCCUACAGGAUUUGCACUAAGAAAAGCUUGGUAGGAGCUUGCUGCUAUGGAGGAAAGAACAUAUUAAAAACUUAUUUUCCCUCGGGUUUGUUCUCGUUUUAUGUUUUUGUUGUUGUUGUUUUGUUAGCUUUCCUACUUCCACUGAGUAGCAUUUUGUAGAAUAAAAUUAAUCAAGAACAAA